AGACGUCUAGAGAUUGGAAUGAUCUAUACGUUGUUCUCUCUCUCUCUCGCCCCUCCUUUUUCUUCGCUUUAAUUCUUCGAAUCACCAAAAAAAAAAAAACACACACACACACAUAAUCGUCGUCAUUGCCGGGUCAUCUUUUGCAUCAGAAUUCCAAGAGGGCGAAUUGAGGACAAGUUGGCGAUGAUGUAUGGGCCGUGUAACCGGGGUUGGUUCUGAAGAUGAGAAGGGAGCGGUGAGAAGGAUGCCGAGCUUCGAUUCUCAACUAUCCAUUUCCAAUGCACGGUAUAUUUCUGGUCUUCAUCAUUUUUUGUUAUACUGAGGGAAGCACCAUUGAUUCUUUUUGUGUGUCUGACUUUAGAGAUCAAUCAGUUGGAUAUCGCUUAGAGGAUGCUACUGAACUGAGUGGAAAGUCAGCUUUAAAUUUAUUAAAAGUGAUUACGCGUACACCUUCUUCAGGUCCUGUUCACACAGGUACUUUUGAUAAGUUUCAUACUUCAGUUGAUAAAGACAGAUUCCAAGUAAGCAGAGUCACUAAGUUUGCAAUUACAAAAGGCCCAAUAAUAUAAUCUGGUAAUUACCAAGAGGUAAUACAGAAAACCAGCAAGAGUUGGCCAUGGCUGAUGCCAGUCCUAGGACUGAUAUUUCGACGGACAUUGAUACUGACGAUAAAAAUCAGCAGUAUGAUAGAAAUCAAUCCCUUGCUGCAGCUUCUGACUCCAGUGAUAGAUCAAAGGAUAAAACAGAUCAGAAGACUCAACGCAGGCUAGCUCAGAAUCGUGAGGCAGCAAGAAAAAGCCGAUUGAGAAAGAAAGCAUAUGUCCAACAGCUGGAAAGCAGUCGUUUGAAGUUGACCCAACUAGAGCAAGAGCUUCAGCGAGCUAGGCAGCAGGGAAUCUUUAUAUCAAGCUCAGGCGAUCAAACAAAUGCAAUGAGUGGAAAUGGGGCUAUGGCAUUUGAUGUAGAAUAUGCAAGGUGGCUGGAAGAGCAGAAUCGCCAAAUUAAUGAGCUAAGAGCAGCUGUAAAUUCUCAUGCUGGUGAUACAGAACUUCGCAUGAUUGUUGAUAACAUAUUGGCUCACUAUGAUGAGAUUUUUAGGCUGAAAGGUACUGCAGCUAAGACUGAUGUUUUCCAUUUGUUGUCCGGCAUGUGGAAAACACCUGCAGAGAGGUGUUUUUUAUGGCUUGGUGGCUUUCGAUCAUCUGAACUCCUCAAGCUUCUGAUAACUCAAUUGGAACCUCUCACAGAGCAGCAGCUGGUUGGCAUUACCAACUUGCAGCAAUCCUCUCAACAAGCAGAAGAUGCAUUAUCUCAGGGUAUGGAAGCUUUGCAACAGUCCCUGGCUGAGACAUUAUCUAGUGGAUCAUCUCUCGGAUCUUCUCGUUCCUCAGGGAAUGUGGCAAAUUACAUGGGCCAAAUGGCUAUGGCCAUGGGUAAGCUGGGCACACUAGAGGGUUUUAUUAGACAGGCUGACAAUUUGCGGCAGCAAACACUGCAACAAAUGCACCGUAUAUUGACAACUCGCCAAUCGGCUCGGGCCCUUCUUGCUAUACAUGACUACUUCUCUCGACUUCGCGCCCUUAGUUCCCUCUGGCUGGCUCGCCCAAGAGAUUGAAGGGUAGAAGAUUACCUGUUAUUUAAUUUGGCUUUCGUGGAUCUAGCACCAGCAAUUCUUGACCACAAUAGGUACUACUACCUCUACAGGUUUUCUUGUGUUGUAGUCUUUCUGUAAUACCGAUGUAAGUGCUUCAUUUAACCACACAGUGUAGAAUUGUUGAGAAGCAGGCACUAUGUCUGAUGCUUUUAUCACUAAUAAUACUGUCCAUUGUAAUUGUAA